UUCCAACUAAACUACACGAAUUAAAAUUAAAAAUUUUGAAAAUUAAAUAGAUGAAAUUGCCAAUAUAUAAUUAAAACAGAAAAACUAGUAACCAAAUUCGGGUUUUACUUAUUCACUUUAGAUAGGGAGAGAUUGAUAGCUGCUUCUUUUUCUUAAGCAAGACUGGUGGUUCAUGUGAAGGAGUCACCAAACACGUGCUUGUGGAAGAAAAAGGAGAUUAUGAAUCAUAUACAACAUUUCUCAUCUUCAGUUUAGAGUUGUGACCACCAUCACCAUUAUUAAUUUCUCAUCAACAUUGCAAAAUGGCCGAGACUGCAGUGUUCCAUCUACUAGCCAACUUCGCACCCUUCCUCCAACAAGAAGCCAAUUUGUUGACCGGAGUUCGAGAUGAGAUCCAAUACAUUAGAGAUGAAUUCGAGCGCAUGACAGCUUUCCUCAGAGUUGCCGAUGCUAUGGAAGAGAACGAUCCCGAACUCAAAGUAUGGGUCAAGCAAGUUCGAGAAGCAGCGUACGACAUUGGAGAUGUUCUCGAGUUGUUCAUGCUUCGCCUUGGACAUCAUCAUGGCGCUGGAUUUCGUGGUUUUCUUCGUAAGGUUUCUUGCUGUAUUAAGACUUUAAUAGCUCGUCACCAAAUUGGUUCUGAAGUUCAAAGAAUGAAGUCCAGAGUCAUCGAUAUUUCGAAGGGACAUCAGAGGUACCAUGAUAGUUAUGGUAUGUUAGAGCAAGGCUCAAGCUCAAGGUCCAUUGGUCUUAACACAGCGUGGCAUGAUUAUCGUGGCGAUGCCCUUCUACUCCAUGAAUCUGAGCUUGCGGGCAUCGACAAGCCCAAAUCGCAACUAAUUAGGUGGUUGGUGCAUGAAGACCCCAGACUCAAGGUGUUUUCCGUAUCAGGAAUGGGCGGAUUGGGCAAAACAACACUAGUUAAAAAGGUCUUUGAUGAUGCAAUUGUGAAGAAUCAUUUCCAGAGUCAUGUUUGGAUCACUGUUUCUGAAUCCUUCAAGAUUGAGGUGCUCCUAAAAGACAUCAUCAAACAACUUUUUAACGAAAUCAAGCAACCAGUCCCACAAAGGAUGGACAACAUGGAUACCAACAACUUAAAAGGGAUAAUUAAUGCUUUCUUGCAACAAAAGAGGUAUGUGCUUGUUUUCGAUGAUUUAUGGGAUAUUCAUGCCUGGCAAUCUUUUAGAUAUGUGUUUCCCAUUGGCAAUUGUGGGAGUAGCGUAGUGCUGACAACCAGAAAUGCAGAUUUAGCUUCUAUCGCUAGUACAGAAUAUUAUGGUGAUGUCUAUAAUCUUCAGCCCUUGCCUCCCGAAGAAUCCUGGACAUUGUUUUGCAGGAAAACAUUUAUGGAGAAUUCUUGCCCUUCACAUUUGGAAAGACUUUCAAAAGCCAUCUUGAAUAGAUGUGAGGGAUUGCCACUUGCAGUUGUGGCAAUUAGUGGUCUUUUAUCAACAAAGGACAAGAGCAGUGUGGAUGAGUGGGAUAAGAUCUACCGCAGCCUUGGUGCAGAACUAGAAGGAAAUGACAAAUUUUAAAGCAUGAAAAAAAUAUUGUCACUUAGUUACAUUGAUUUACCUUACUAUCUAAAGUUUUGUUUUCUAUAUCUAAGUGUGUUUCAAAAUGGAACUUGAUGGGCCUGUGGGAUGCAAAACGAGUCCCAUUUCUAUGAUCUGAAUUGUUUAUUUUGUAGAGUCUUCAUUGUAUAUCAUCCACUGAAAAAAUUAGGGUCAAUUCAAUAAUUGUAUUCUAUUCAUCUUA